CCUGUCAGCAUGGCUCAAGCAUUUGUGAACAGCAAAAUCCAGCCUGGGAAGGUGGUGGUUUUCAUCAAGCCCAUCUGCCCCUACUGCAGAAAGACCCAGGAGCUCCUUAGCCAAUUGCCCUUCAAAGAAGGGCUUCUGGAAUUUGUCAAUAUCACAGCCACCAGUGACACCAACGAGAUUCAAGAUUAUCUGCAACAGCUCACCGGAGCCAGAACAGUACUUCGGGUCUUUACCGGUAAAGAGUGUAUAGGUGGAUGCACCAAUCUAGUAAGCAUGUACGAGAGAGGGGAGCUGUUGACUCACCUGAAGCAAAUUGGGGCUCUGAAAUAAUUACAGAGCAGACCCCAAGCUGAUAGCCCCCUUGAGAUCUGGGUGGC